CCAGCAGAGUCCGACGGGCCCGCGGCCGCGAUGCCGGAUGAGCUGACCGAGCCCGGGCGCGCCACGCCAGCCCGCGCCUCCUCCUUCCUCAUCGAGAACCUGCUGGCGGCCGAGGCCAAGGGCGCGGGGCGCGCAGUCCAGGGCGACGGCGUCCGCGAGGAAGAGGAGGAGGACGACGACGAAGACCCGGAGGACGAGGAUCCGGAGCAGAGAAGACGGCGACGGCUGCAGCGGCGGCGACAACUGCGCGCGGGCACCGGGCCUGGCGGGGAGGCGAGGGCUCGGGCGCUGCUAGGGCCUGGCGCGCUGGGCCUAGGUCCCCGGCCGCCCCCCGGGCCCGGGCCUCCCUUCGCUCUGGGCUGCGGAGGCGGGACACGAUGGUACCCACGGGCGCAAGGCGGCUACGGAGGCGGUCUCAGUCCUGACACCAGCGACCGGGACUCUCCGGAGACCGGCGAGGAGAUGGGCCGCGCCGAGAGCGCCUGGCCGCGGGGCCCCGGGCCGGGAGCCGUGCCGCGAGAGGCGGCGACGCAGGGCCCUGCGGCCGGCGGGGAAGAGGCGGCGGAGCUGGCCGAGGCCCCGACGGCGGCGGCGGGGGAGGCGCGUGGCGGCCGCAAGAAGAAGACGCGCACAGUCUUCUCGCGUAGCCAGGUCUUCCAGCUGGAGUCCACCUUCGACCUGAAGCGCUACCUGAGCAGCGCGGAGCGCGCGGGCCUCGCCGCCUCGCUGCAGCUCACCGAGACGCAGGUCAAGAUCUGGUUCCAGAACCGUCGCAACAAGUGGAAACGGCAGCUGGCGGCCGAGCUGGAGGCGGCCAGCCUGUCCCCGCCUGGCACGCAGCGCCUGGUCCGCGUGCCGGUGCUCUACCACGAAAGCCCGCCGGCCGCCGCAGGGCCCCCUGCGCUGCCCUUCCCGCUGGCACCGCCCGCGCCCGCGCCGCCCCCGCCGCUGCUCGGCUUCUCCGGAGCGCUCGCCUACCCGCUGGCCGCCUUCCCCGCCGCCGCCUCCGUGCCCUUCCUGCGGGCGCAGAUGCCCGGCCUGGUGUGAGCCCGCCGGCCCCUCAGGCGAGGUCGCUGUG